AUGUAUCCACGGCAGGAUUCAGUGUUUUGCCCACGGUUCUCGAUCGAUGGUUCGAUUCAACAUUUGUACUCGCAAGCACAGCCUCGACUGGCAGGCCAGCAGCAGAUGCAACGGGUGGAUUCGAAUCAGCAGAAUCAGACGAGUCAGUCAAAUAUGAAAGAGAUAAAUUCUGGUCAUCAAGCGUUGAGUUCGAAUCAGUCGGAUCCGGUGAAUUCACGCAAAGUGAGUUCGAAUCAGAUAAACCAAGUGAAUCCCAAUCAGAUAAAUCUGAAUCAAAUAAAUCCAAACCAAAUAAAUCAGAUAAAUCCAAAUCAACUACACUUGAAUCAGCCGAAUUCGCACCAGCUAAAUCAAAUAAACACGAAUCAGCUAAACCAGAAUCAGCUCAAUCAGCUCAAUCAGCUCAACCAGCUCAACCAGCUCAACCAACUAAAUCAGCUAAAUCAAAUAAAUUCAAACCAACUUCUCUACCAGCAGGCAGCGCAGAUGGUGGGUCGGCCACAGAAAGCGCACGGUCAGCUGCCGCUGGGCAGCCGGCGCUCCUCGCUAAAGAUGAAUGUGCCGCUGGCGGACGGCGGCGCAGCGCUUGGCGUCAACCUCAUGGGUGCCAUGAAUGCGCCAGCACCAGCAUCCGUUGCGCAACCCGCAGGCGGCAAUGCCGCAGCCGCGGCGGGAUAUAUGCAGUAUCCGCAGGAUUUUGGAUACAUGGAUUUGCAGCGCGAAUACAGCAUAUUCUAUCCGCCGAGUGCCGGCGGCAGCACCAACCCUAGCGCAGUUGCGGCUGCAGCUGCGGCAAUGGCCGGCCAGUACAACCCCUACUUGCCGGGGUAUGCGCCGGACCACAUGUAUGCGAACCGGAGGCAGUCCGAGCAGCUCGACCCGUAUGGCGCUGGCGCACAGGGUGCGCAGUACCAGCGGGGCCCUGCGCUGGUGCGCCGCCCGAGCUACAUACCGCCCGCUGAGUUUGACAGGUUGCUGCGGCGGGAUGCGGGUGUGGGCGAGUUUUUGGACAGCAUGGGGUACCAGGAUGCUGCGGAUGGCGGCAGAGGGGGUGCGGGUGCGGGCGCUGGCGCUGGCACAAGCACAGGGGCAGGCGCAAAAUGCGACUCUGCCGGCGUGCAGGUAUACUCGGUACCCUCCGUGCGCUCGAACUCGCUCAAAACUGCAGCAAACCGCUCGUCGAAUUCGUCGUCACCUCCAGAAAAUACUGGUGACGCGAAAACGGGGGUAAAGUCGCGGAGCCCCGCGGCUGUUUCACCCCGUGCGCAGCAUGCACAGCAAGCACGCGGCGGCGGCGUGUACCAGAUGCCGCCGGUUCUCCGGCUGCCGCAGCAGCAGUUCCAGCAGUUCCAGUUUGCGCAGCCGCAGCAGUUCCGGCACCCACUGCAGCCAGGGGUGGCGUAUACGGGGCGCAAGUGGGGGCGCCAGGCCAAGGAGGCUAUCAAGAAAGCGGCGGCCGCGCAGGCACCUGCACCGCGCAAGCGAAAGUCCGCGGUUUCGGAGCCGGCGACGGUCCGGAAGAAGAGGCGCAGGCGGAAGAGGGGUAGCGCUGCUGGCGUACAUAGCGCAGGAGGUGCACCAGGCACGGGCAGUGCAGGCAGCACAGAGCGUAACAUGCUGAUUCCGGCUUCGGAAGCGAUGCACACAGAGGAUGGCCGGCCGCUCGUGGGCGCUACAAAAGUGGACCAGCUCAUGCUUGUGAUCCAGGCGCGUGAAAAAGGCAUCACGGGCAGUAUCCGGCAAGCGGCAGAUGGAACGAUUUUGGGAGAGGUGCGGGACACAGCGGACGGGAAGGCAGUUAGCGCAGGUGCGGUGGGCGCAGGCGCAGAUAGGGGUGCGGGUGCGGGUACUGUCGUAGGACCUGACACAGGUCCCGGCACCGGUGCGGUGUCCGUGCUGCCGAACAUGGCAGAGUUGGUGGGCGGCGUCGAGAAAAAACGCAUCAGGGGUAAGAAGAAGUUCAAAUGUCAGUAUUGCAGCAAGAAAUUCACGCAGUCGACACAUUUGGAUGUUCAUAUUCGGUCGCAUAUUGGACUGAAGCCGUUUCCCUGCCGCACGUGCGGAAAGCGGUUCACACAGCGUGGAAACUUGCGCACGCACAUGCGCGUGCACACGGGCGAAAAGCCGUACGCGUGUGCAACGUGCGGCAAGAAGUUUGCGCGGCUCGGUGGGCUGCAAUCGCACCAGCUGACACACACGGACCAGAAACCGUUCAAAUGCCGCUUUGACCACUGCAACAAGAGUUUUACGCAGUUGGGAAACAUGAAAGCGCACCAGAACAGGUUUCACCAGGAGGCAAUCAAGCGGUUGACCGACCAGCUGGCCCGGCUAUCCGGCCCGGGAGACAUUGCGAUGCUCCCGAAGGAGGAGCGCGAGCUGUUGAAGUACUUUGCUGGUUUGUACAAGAACAUGAAUCGGGGGAUCCGGGGCCGGGGGCGGGGUUCUGGUGCGGCCAGGAAGUGA